UCCAUCCCCAAUGUUAUUUCUCCCUCUCCCCCAUUCUCUCCCCAGUCCCCAGAGAGAGAGAGAGAGAGAGAGUUGAGAAAUGGCUAAGCAGUUGCUGUAUGUUUUCCUGCUUUUCCUUUUGAUUCAAAUCAAAGCUUUUUGCUACCAAUACAAGGUUGGGGAUUUAGAUGGUUGGGGCAUCCCCACUUCAGCAAAUCCUCGUGUCUACACAUUCUGGGCCAAGAAUCACAUCUUCAAGAUUGGUGAUUCCCUCUUGUUCUUGUACCCACCAAGCCAAGAUUCAGUGAUCCAAGUGACGGAGCAAUCCUUCAACAGCUGCAACUUGGAGGAUCCGAUCCUGUACAUGAACAAUGGCAACUCCCUCUUCAACAUAACCAAGCCCGGCGACUACUUCUUCACCAGCGGCGUCAAGGGCAACUGCGACAAGUCCCAGAAGCUCCGCAUUUCCGUCCCCGGCGGCACAGCCUCCUCGGAAUCCUCCGCCGCGGUUCCGGCCUCGGCGCCCUCGUAUCCCACGGUGUUCGGGUCCAUCCCGAUGGCGCCCCUGUCUUCGCCGCCAUCCUCGUCGGCGGUGGCUCGCCCGGUGGCCGCUGUUGGAAUGGUGAUUUGUGGGCUUGCCUUUCACUGGCGGAGCGUAAUGUAGAGGGGAGUGGAAUUUCAGAUCUCGAAGAGGAGGAGGGGAUACACACACAGUUGAGUUGAUACGUUUGUUUGAUUUGAUUUGAUUUAUUGUAAUUUGCUGUGAAUUUCGGCAUAUUGUUUUAGGUGAUCCGAUCCUUGUAAUUCUUUUUGGCCCAAUUAAGAGAAUAAGAUGGUGGUGUUCUGAGUUCCAUCGGAAAGAACCCAGAAAGA